CACUGUUAUCUAUCGCUCCCGGGUCCGACUCCAAAUAUCUCCACUUCGUCCCCCCCCCCCCUCUCACCGCGCCGCCGUCAAUUCGGCGCUGGAUCGAAGCGGGAUGUAUCUGCAUCCCUCCUCCACACAAAGUUCGUGCCUUUGCCUUCUCUCUCCUUUGGCGAUCUGCGAUUCGUCUUCCGGAUUGUUCGGUGCCUCAAGUGGUUGGAAGAGGAGGCAAUCGCAAUAUUAGAAGAAAAGCUUUAAAAGGUUUACUUGGGACUCUGAGGAGUUGUAGUGUUGCAAAAAGAUAAUGCUGAAUGAUGAAGGUGGCGGGCUGGGGCACAAAGCGCACCAGGAGUGCUCUGAACCCUGUUCGAAUUCGGGCCCUAAUCACACUUUAAGGGAUGUUUUCCCCUCUCAAAGUGGAGGGCCGCAGAAGGGAGGAGGGCCAGGUGCAAUUUCACAGGUAAGGCACAUGGGUGGGGCUGUUGAUUUUCCAACGAUUAGCAUAGUGAUAUCCCACCCGGAGGACAUUUCAAAGCCUGACAUGAGCACCUCAAAGACUGGAGCUUCAGAGGGAUAUGAGGGCAUCAGUGCAGUGGCAGCAGCUGCUUCUUCCAAGAAGGUCUUCUUGCCCACUGAGAGUGACAAGGAUCAGUGCAGAGUUUGUCACCAACAAACAGAAGAACCGUUUAUUGAUCUUGGUUGCCGAUGUCGAGGUGAGCUUGCAAAAGUGCACCGCUCUUGCAUAGAAAUCUGGUUUCGUACUAAAGGUUCAAAUAAAUGCGAGAUUUGCCAGCAGGUGGCUUCAAAUGUGCCAUUUCCAGAGCUCCAACCAAGUACAAAUUACUGGGUUUGGAGGGUCAAUUCAGCUCAUGGCAGGGGGCAACAAGAACAAGAAAGGGGAUGCUGGAACCCACUUUGGGUUGCAUUUGCCCUUCUAAUUGGAGGACUCUUUUUGGAUGUGCUAAUAUCAGUUUCUCUUGGUAUUUCUUCACUGCCUGUGAACAUCAUAACUGGUGUUCUUAUCGUGCUGGGUUUUGCUGCUGCUCUUCGGCUUUCUAUGGAGUGCUGCCAGGAGAUUGGUGCAGCAAGACAUAUCCCACCAGAUGUGACUAUGAAUCCUGGGUACCAUCCUACAGCGUAGCUAUUGUUGUAUAUAACACAAAGAAAGUGUAUAGUUGUUGCCGCUAUUAUUUGUGUUUCUGAAAUAUUUUACUUCACAAGUGAUUGGGUAUAUGUCAAUUGUUUGCUUAAUAUCGUCUGCACAUUUCACUUUCCAUUUGUUAUUUAAUGAAGGUUGUGUAUUAUUACUUA